AGUGCGAUAAGGUUGGUGAAAGUGGUACCUAAAAUGCAGUUUAUUGCAUUAAUUAUUUCUUUUUUCUUAGUAUUACCUAAAAAUUUUGCCGAAGAUGUCAGCUAUCAGGCAUGUGUGGACAAAUAUUCUCGUAAGGGUUACCAGCCAUGGCAAGAAUGGUCAGACCACUACACCUGUCACCGCUACCGAUGUGAGAUAAGAGAUGGAAAAUAUUUCAUUGCUGCUGUGGGAUGUCGAAAGCCAAAAAUUCCGGAAAAUGCAUUGGAAUGUCACGAAUACAUUGAAGAUGAAAAUGUUGAAUUUCCAACUUGCUGCGCGCGACUUAGGUGUGUUGUUGAAGUAAAUGGCGAAAGGAUUGUCCAGACCAGAGGUCAACCGGGAGAAUUAUUCCCCGAUAAGCCUUGGAAAGGACAGCAAAACGAGCCUAACCCAGUAGUGGGAAUGGGUGCCAUUCAGCAAAACACCGUUGGAGGUGAGCCUCAAAGUCAACCAUCCCCAGGCAUCUUCAGCAGCAGAGGAGCAGGCAAGACGGAUGGCAAUGAUAAUAACGGGAGACGGUUCGUAGACCCUUACCCAAGCCAGCAGAUGCAGGAGUCGCCGCGCAAGAAGAGAUCCACUAUUUACCCUCUUUUUGAUAGAAGUUCCACACGCGAUUCCAUUUCCCGAGUGCCAUAUCAAAUAAAAAUGCCGGGAUACUCGCCUGAGAGAUAUACUUCUUAUUUCACCAAUGGCGUGAAUGGUGAUAAGGGAUUUUCUGGCCACAAGUUGCACCUGAAUUCGUCUUAG